GGGUAAUUUAGUAAUUCCACUUUUAUUUCCGCCGCAUAAAGGCUCUAGGGUUUCUCAUAUCAGAGCCUCAGCGAAGCCAAACUCCUUCUUGCUCUCAACCUCGACUAGGCUGGAGGAGGCGCGCCUGCAGAUCUCUGUUUAGCAUUAGGGCACGCCUUGCCUUGUAACAAUGGUGAGAGUUAGCGUUCUCAAUGAUGCUCUCAAGAGCAUGUACAAUGCAGAAAAGCGUGGGAAGCGCCAGGUCUUGAUCAGACCAUCCUCUAAAGUCAUCAUCAAGUUUCUUUUGGUGAUGCAAAAGCAUGGUUACAUUGGAGAGUUUGAGUAUGUUGAUGACCACAGAUCUGGAAAACUUGUUGUUGAACUAAAUGGGAGGCUAAAUAAAUGUGGGGUUAUUAGCCCUCGCUUUGAUGUGGGUGUCAAAGAUAUUGAAUCCUGGACUGCAAGGUUGCUCCCCUCAAGACAGUUUGGAUAUAUUGUGCUGACAACUUCCGCCGGCAUCAUGGAUCACGAGGAGGCAAGGAGGAAAAAUGUUGGUGGGAAAGUGCUUGGCUUCUUUUAUUAGUCUCUUUACUGAAGAAUGGAUCUAAGUUUUCUGCUUAUGAAGAGUUUUUUGGUGUAUUUUGGAACUUAUUUGCCAGAGGUUUAGUUUUGUGUGAGAUUUUGAUAUUGUUUCUGAUUAGGCCAAUGAUUUUUGUUUCUUGUUUCAUUUUGAUUGUUGUGUUACUCCGAAUCAUUUUAUUCUCCAUAACUUGUUAGGCUUUGCCCUCUACACAUUGGUUUUCUUAAAUAUCAUGGGGGAUUGUUACUUUAA